AUGGCUUCCAACGCGUCUUUCUCUGACCUCGACGCCCCUCGCGGAGAGAUGGGAUCCGAGAACAACAAUAUCAACAACGACGACAACAACCAGCCGGGCCGGUCCACUGGAACUUCUUCUGCCGGCGCUUCUCUUGGCAACACCGCUGCCACUGCCCACCAGGGUAUAUCCCAAGGUGAUCAUGCGGGUGUUAUGGAUGAGCAGAAGGUGAAGGAGAUGCAGAGACUCCAUGCUGCGAUCGAGGAGGAGCGCAAGGCUCAUAUCAAGGAGAAGCAGCGCCUGGAGGCUGAAUUCCAGGCGGAAAAGCAGGAGAAGGAGCGCCUGGAGGAGGCGGUUCAGGAGCAGAAGAACAGGGAGCAGAAGGCGCGCAUUCAGCGUGCCAUUCAGGCGACUCCAGAGGAGCUUGCGGCAUACCAUCAGGCGAUUGAGGCUACGGAGGAUAUGAGACGUUCUGAGCGCCGCCGCGCUAAUACACUUGGCCGCAUGAACGGCUAUCUUGAGGCCUGGGGAAAGAAGCCCCGUCGUUAA